AUGUCAAUCCCUAUCUUCAUCUUAUGGGUAGUUAGCAUCCCAUUAUCGUUAAUCCAUGCAGAUGAUUUUCCAGCCCCUAGAGGAUUUUUGGUAAGUUGUGGAUCGACGAAGAGUAUAGACAUUAAUGGUUUAAAAUACAUACCAGACCAAAGUUUCAUCUCAGUUGGUAACGUAACAAACGUAAAAAACAACACAAAUCAAGUAUUUCCAAUCUUGUCAGAAUUAAGAUUCUUCCCAGAUAAAUCAGCUCGCAAAAGUUGCUACUUAUUCCUUGUAACUAAAGGAGCCAAAUACCUUAUUAGAACUAGUUACUAUUAUGGAAAUUUUGAUGGGAGAAAUAACCCACCAGUUUUCCAUCAAAUUGUUGAUGGAACUAGAUGGAGUAUUGUUAAUACUACUGAAGAUUAUGUCAAAGGUCGUGCUUCUUAUUAUGAGAUUGUAAUGGUAGCUCAAAGUAAAGUUCUUUCUAUUUGUCUUGCACGAAAUGAGUAUACUGCUGGUGUUUCUAGCCCCUUUAUAUCUGCCUUAGAAGUUAUGAACUUGGGUGAUUCUCUUUAUAAGGCUGUAGAUCUUCAAAAGUAUGCACUUGGCACAGUUGCUCGUCAUAUUUUUGGCUAUGGUGAUGGUGAUAAUGGUGAGGCGAAUUUUAUCAGUUAUCCAGAUGACGAAUUUCACCGGAUGUGGCAACAAUUCAAAGAUUCAAACCCAAUAGUGAAAUGUCAAUCUAAUGUAACACCUUCAGAUUUUUGGAAUAUGCCACCAAGCAAAGCAUUAAACUCAGCAAUCACAGCAAGUCGUGGGAGAAGCCUACAAAUUCAAUGGCCACCAAUGCCAUUGUAUGGGAACAACUACCACAUUUCUCUUUACUUUCAAGACAAUCGAACUCCAAGCCCUUAUAGUUGGAGAGUGUUUAAUGUGUUGAUAAAUGGAGAUACUUUUUAUUCCAAGCUUAAUGUUACUACUACUGGUGUAAAUGUUUAUUCAAAUCAAUGGCCUUUCAAUGGUCAAACUCAGAUCAAACUUGUUCCUGACAAUGGUACUCCUGUUGGUCCUGUCAUUAAUGCUGCUGAGAUGUUUCAACUCAUUCCCCUUGGUGGGAAGACAACUUCCAGGGAUGUGAUAGCUAUGGCAGAGUUAGCUCGAAGCCUGAACAACCCACCGAGUGAUUGGAGUGGAGAUCCUUGCUUACCUCGACAAAAUUCAUGGUCUGGAGUUACAUGUUCCCAAACAAAAGAUCUUGCUCAAGUUGCUUCCAUGAACUUGACAGGAUUGGGGCUCACAGGUUCAUUAUCGACGAGUAUGGGAAAUCUAUCUGCAAUAGUCCAUUUGUGGCUUGGACAUAACAAACUAUCAGGUUCGCUUCCUGAUUUGAGCUCCAUGAAGAUGCUACAAACCUUGCAUUUGGAGAACAAUCAAUUUGAAGGAUCAAUACCUGAAUCAUUAUCCAACCUUCCAAAUAUUCGUGAGAUGUAUAGCACCAUUAUAACUUUAACUUGUACUUUGUACUGUCUUCGUGGCUUAUAUAAAAAAAAACUAUAGCUUUAACUUGAG